GACAGGAUAGCAAUUAGCUAUUGAAAAGUUUGGUAACGAGGAAACUCAGUAAAGUAAAAUAUUAUAACAAUGCUGUGGUUGGAACAAGUGGAAUAUAUUCUGGCAGACCUAGGAAAUAAAUGAUCUUAAAAGUAAAAAGCAACAGUUUGUGUUGCAUACCCAUAACCCAAAAUAAUAUAUAAAAAAAGCUUUCAACUCACAUAGUUAGGACUUAGGAGUUCUCCCAUGACCAAACCAUCAAACAUGUUUUGAGUGCCUCAAAGUGGUAUAGCUCUUUACUUUCUUACAUUUGCCAGACUAAAGGACAAGAUCACAUCAACCUAUUGUGUGCCAACGCUGCAAAUGGCUCAGAAUGAGAAGGAUCAUACUGAAUUCACUUGACAGGAAGUGGAGCAUUUCAGCUCAGAAAAAGCGAAGAAUAUGGCUGAUCCCAAAUAUGCAAACCUCCCUGGGCUGGCGCCGGAUGACGAGCCGGACACGUACGAGACGGAUGACCGGCCCGAGGCGGAGCAGGACCUCUGGAUCGAGGACGAGAGUGAAAAUGUGGAGAAGCUGCAUGUUUCGACCUCAGAGGCCUUUGAGAAGUUCAAAGACAAGAAUCUGGAUGGCAAGAAGGCCGACUUUUCCGACCGGCUGCGUAGGGGACGCAAUACGGGUUACGCGGCGCGCACCGGCCAAUGGGAGCUGGCCGGCGAGGGCCAGCCGGAGACGGUGGUGCAGAAGUACCAGCGGCUCCAGCUGGAGCUGCAGCAACUCGAUCAGGAGAUUGCCGAUCUCCAGUCGGGUCUGAAGCCGGACAGCGGCGCUGAGGAGCGGUCGGCCGCGCAGCUGGGCUCCGAGAUGGACGCGCUGCACGGGCACCUGGCGGAGGUGAAUCUGGAGCAGCUGCUCGGCGCACAGGUGCUGAGCGAGCUCGGCGACCCGCAGGGAGCGCUCCGCAGUAAGCUGGAGCAGCAGCUGUCUCAGCUGGCGGGAGGGGCGGGCGGCGCGGUCACCAAGCCGGCCUCGGGCGCCGGCGACGCUAGCGCCACCUACGAGCUGCACCUGCGCCCGGAGAAGGCGCGCGCGCAGCAGGCGGCGGCGCUGGGCGAGCUGGAGAAGCGACUAGAGAGGAUGGAGCGGGCCGUCGGCGCCGCGCCCGAUAAAAUGAGUCGCCUGUCUGCCGAGACCCGGCAGCGCUCGCUGCUCUCAGCAGUAGCCGCCCUCAGCUCCAAGGUAGCUCUGCUCGAGCCAGCCACCCUGGAGGCGGCCGAGGCGCGUCUGCAGGCCCUCCACCAGCGGAUGAACCAGCUGUCGGAGCAGCGACAGGCGGGCGUCGACGCCGAGAAAAUGACCAAGAUUUCUGAGCUGCACGAGCUGAUGCAGAGGACGGCUGGCGUUCAGGGCGAGUUGCCCGUCAUCCUGGACCGGCUGACCUCCCUGCAGGGACUCCACGAUCACGCGUUGAACUUUUCCCGCUCGCUGACGCAGCUGGAGGCCGCCCAGCAGAAGAUUGAUGCCGGCCUGGGUCAGGGCGAGGCGCGCCUGGCCCAGGUGCAGGCCGACUGUGCCGCCUCCCUGUCCACGCUAACCAAAGGUCUGGACGCGCUGACCGCCCGACUGGACGCCGUCAAGAAGUAGCCUCUACUGGAGGGUAGGGCAGGGGGGCAGGGCAGUCGGCGGGGCUGUGGUCCCUGCAGUGGUGCAGCUGCUGUGAUGACUGCAGAAGUGCUGUUGUGCUGGCCUAGCCAGUUAAACAGUGCCGAUCAGUCCAGGUCCUGUUCUUCUAACACGCUUCUCUUAGCGUUUAAUGCUGUGCUGGCUUCCCUGAGCCCGGUUCAUCCAGGACUCUACUUCUGACUAGAUUCACUAGGGUUUAACGCACCGGGAUUUUCAGAGUUCCACAAUGGAUCCUACGACUGCACCUGGUUGUUUAUGUAAUAUCUAUUUAAGUAUAUAUUUUGAGGUGUUAGGGUAGCUUUUCCGUGUCUGUGUGGGAUUUUGGGCACCGUGGGCGAAACAGCGAAAACUUUCUAUUCAGAACCACUCUGUUAACGAGAAACGGGCUUUAAAUGUGCGUCAAGGUAAAAUGUCCGCUUCUGCAAGUGAUGAACCGAAUAAAGAUAACGAAUUUAUGGCA